CCAAACCAAACAUCAACCCGAUCAUACCAACCUUGACACCCAAAUCACAAGAGAUGGCUCUGAAGAGGGAGCGCCCGAAUUCCCCAAACCGUGCACAAGAGAUAUUCCGCUCGACAUCCAUAAAAGAACAAACAUCUACAUUCAUCGGCGCAUACUCUCCAACACUCUCCGCCAAAGCCCUCCAAUCCCUCCCAGAAUUCAGAACCGCAACCCACAAAAUCGCAGCAUGGAGAAAGCCCUCACGUCAAAAGUCCCUAAUGCCGGAUUCCAAAGUUUUGUAUGAUCUGGGCCACGACGACGACGGUGAAAAGUGGGCUGGGGGCCGUUUACAAAACGUGCUUGUAGACACGCAAGCCGAAGGCGUCGUUGUCGUAGCGCGCUGGUACGGUGGCCAGAACAUCGGCCCUGUUCGCUUCACGCACAUGGAAAAUUGCGCCAAAGAAGCAAUCUGGAAGUGGAAAGUUGCCGAUACGGCCGCACAGGAGGAACAAGCAGCCAAGAAACAAAAGGUCAAUGAUGAAGCGGUGCGGAAAGAGUUGGAGACGAACUUGAGAGAGCGAGAUUACAAUAUAUUUGCGUUGAGGAAGUUGCUGGCGGAGAAGAAGGCGAGGUUGAAUGAUGAGGAGCUGGCGCCGCCGACGCCGCAGAAACCGCAGGAUUAUACGCGCAUGGGGUUGGAUGCGCUGAGGAGGAUGGACAAGGCGAGGGAUGCGACGAUUGCGUUUAUUUUGAAGCAGAUUGAUAAGGUGGAAGAGGAGCUGAAGCUUGUGGAGGCUUUAGAUGGGGGCGGGGUGGGCAGCGAGCGCGGAGAGGAGUAGUUCGUUUGCGGCGCUGAUUUGGGGGAGGCGCUGCGUGGCGCCUGGUGGGGUGGGCAUUGCGCGGGACAUGGUGGUGGUAAAGAGGUAUGUGUAUCAGACGGGAGCGAGGAAAGAUAGGUGGAUGAGCAGACGCGGGUACAAAUACGCCAGCGUUUUGGUCUGUGCGAGACUCAGUGGAGUGUCAAUCUUUUUGGUUCUUCGCCGCUGCGACGCGAUGUGAAGCUGCUGCAGGGAAGCGGUUUCCCCGCUUCCUAUGAUUCGACCACCAUGUUCGGAUCACGUACGCUGGUUGGCGCUAUGAGAUAUUCAGCCCCGUUGUUCGUGCAUGGGAGCUCCCUUGGCUUCUUUGGGCACCGGUUUGCAUGCUGUUGAUGUGU